AUGAAUGGCCCUUCGAGUCCCAGGCCCGCGCGGCCCAUGAGCAUCAAGGAGAUUACCAUAGCAGCAGAGGAUUUUGACUUCAGGACUACGAUCCCCUUCAAGUACUGGGCGCGUUCCGCAGAUACCCUAUUUCAAGAGGCAACCUUUGCGCUUCAAGAUCGCGACAUACGAAAAGCCUACCAGAUGCUAUGGCGACACUCGGUCCUAGUUCUUACGCAUUUGAAAACACAUCCCGACGCCAAGUUACCCGAAAACAAAGCGCUCACGAAGCCACUGUUCGAUCGCCAGAAUAAGGAGGUAUUUGGGUUACUGGAGGAAUUGAAGCCGCAGAUCGACCGCGAUUACAAGGAAUGGCAGUCGAUGAGCGCGUCAAAGCAGAGAGAAGACGACGAAUUCACCACCAGACCCACAAGUUAUAGCGAGUUCGCUGCCCGAGACCCGACCCUAUCCGGAAACGCCAAGAUUCUCGAUGCCGCCGAUAAUCAGGAGCUUGCAGUCUCUUUGGCGCAACGAGACUAUAAGAGGCGAGAUGCUGCAAGGAGAGCAACGCGGCAGGCCGGCGUCAGCGCCGAAGAAGAGCAAGAGCGCCGCAAGGGCGGCCGCUGGGAGGACUGGGAGCAGUUUAGCAGUCCAGCGACGGCCGCAGCAGAGGAGGAAGAUAUAAGGAGACAGAUCGAAGCCACACGGCGCCGACUCGACGGAACCGAUGGGGGAAGAGACGAAGAUACCUUCAGCAACUCGCAAGCUUCAAAUUACCAACGCCAGGUGCCCCCGCCGAGAGCUCCUCCCAGCUACUCAUACAAUUACCCGUCUAUAUCACGACCAAGGGCACUGGAAUGGGAGGCGUCGCCGUUGGAACCGCAGCGCACUUACACGCCGCCACCGCCUCAGCCACCGAAGCCGCCAAAGGAGGACUUCACGAUGACGCGCCAGGAGCUCGAUGCGGCACCUCCUGUAAGGCCGAGCAAGGAGCCAUUGACGUCGUACAGGCCGCCGUCAACAGCCAACGCGCUACAGGGAGGCGUUCCGGAGUUGCCAGCCAAGGAGGAGGUGAUGCCACCGGCGGCGAAAGAGCGGCUCGCUUUCAAGCCGGCAGCGUAUCUGGAGAAUGGCGACCCUAUCCGACCCGUGUUCCUCCCAACACAGCUCAGGGAUACCUUCCUCAACAUCGCGUCAGACAACACCCGCAGAGGCCUCGAAAUGUGCGGUAUCCUUUGUGGACGACCUGUUAACAACGCGCUGUUCAUCAGUUGCCUUCUUAUCCCCGAACAGAAGUGCACACCCGAUACGUGCGAAACCGAAAACGAGUCGUCGAUGCUGGAUUAUUGCAUCAACGAGGAUCUCUUGGUAGUGGGCUGGAUUCAUACGCAUCCCACGCAAACGUGCUUCAUGAGCUCGCGUGAUUUACACACGCAGGCCGGGUACCAGGUUAUGAUGCCAGAGAGUAUCGCCAUCGUUUGCUCUCCAAGGCAUUCUCCAUCAUAUGGCAUCUUCCGCCUCACAAACCCGCCAGGGUUGCCUCACAUCCUGCAGUGCACGGCGUCGGAAACCUUCCACCAGCACUCCAUUGAUAACCUGUACACUGGAGCAAAGAACCCGCCGGGUCAUGUUUACCACUCCGAGAAGCUCGAUUUUUACGUGAAGGACUUGCGACCGAAGAGGUAA